UCGCUGCGAGAGUGCAUGGCGCAGAGAGAGGAGGACUAAGCUCAGCGUUGGGAUCUUGAACGGUGGAUAUUUGUGUUUCUGAAGAUCAUGCAGAAACCCUGAAAUGAGACCAGCUCCGGACGCGUGGACCUCCAUCCCCGCUUCAUUGAUGAACACGUGCAGCACGGCUCCGAGGACCAGCUGCUGUAGCUGCAUUCAUAAACACUUCUUUAGGACUCACAACAAACCCUGAGCUUUGUUUUUGUGGGUCUCCAAACGCGCACUUGACUGUUUUGCACGUGACUCGACGAUGGCCGAGGAAGGUGAAGUGAAUGUAGGGAGGCUCCGAGAGGAACACGAAAAGGUGGUGAAAGACUGUGAGAGUCGGAUUCAGCACUGGAAAAAGGUGUCCGGUGACUACGAAGCCCUAAACGAUCGCCUCGAAACUCUCCCAGAUCAAUUGUCUUAUGACAUCAUGGUGCCGUUUGGCCCCUUGGCCUUCAUGCCCGGGAAGCUCGUGCACACCAACGAGGUGACGGUGCUGCUGGGCGACAACUGGUUCGCCAAGUGCUCCGCCAAGCAGGCUCGAGAAAUCAUCGCUCACAGGAUGAGCUACGUAAGGAAGGAAUUGGAUGACCUGUCCAAGACGAGGAAAACCUUUGAAGCGAGAGUUGGCUUCACGAAGGAUUUGGAAACCCUGUCGGGCAGCAAAGGCGACUACGUCGACAUUCGAGAGGAGGUCGGAAACAAUGACUCCGCUGCCACAAAAGGAAAGCAAAGAAUAGCUCACAAACCGAACUCUAAGCCCAAGAUUGAUGCAGCGUUUGAUCUAAAAGAGGAGGACGAGGAGAACGAUGAAGAGACCGGAGGCAGCGGCACCAAAAGAGGCACCCUGAUUGAGGAGGAGUUGUGGGCCAGGUUGGAUGAACUUGAGAAGCUGGAGGAGCUCCAAGAUGAGCAGGACAGGUUGUCUGAUAACAUGACCGCUGAGGACUCGUCGUCCUCUUCAUCGGAGGAGGAGAAGGAGGCGGACGACGCCCCUCCGGUAAACGGCCUGAGUUUGACGCCAAGCUGGAGCGCCGCGCCUCCUAGCAAACCGCCACUCACCGAGCGGAGAGAGGAAGAGGAGGAGGAAGGCCACCGUUUGCCCACAAUUUUCUUUUCUCACACAGUCGAGCCCAAGAAGGUGAGAAUCAACACGGGAAGAAACACGACGCUGAAGUUCAGCGAAAGGAAAGAGCAGAAGGAGCAUUCGAAGCGGAACAAGAAAAAUGGCCACAGCAACGGACACUCGCUCCAUGAACUUCACAAAAUUACAACUCCAGUGGAUAUUUACAGAUUGUUUGUGGACGUAAAGAACGGGGAGCCCGUUCCCAGAAAGUCCAUCUUGAAGUCUCGCAGUCGAGAGAACAGCGUGUGCAGCGACACGAGCGAGAGCAGCGCGGCCGACUUCGAGGAGCGCAGAGUGAUCGGCCGCAGCUUCAGCCACGACGAGACGCACAGCGACACCAGCGAUGGAAUCACAGAGGAGGACAGUCCCACGGCCGUACCUCUGCUAAUGCCCAGCCGAUACGAGGCUUUUUCAGGGACAGUGAUAGAAAAAGACCCGAUGCCAUCAGGUGUCCCCCACCUGACCAUCGUCCCACCAGCUCUGCCCACGAUACUGGAGAGGAAACAGGAGGAAGUGGCCCCCGAUGUGGCUCCGCCUCAGCAGGCACCUAAAAGGGUGUCAAAGUUCAAAGCUGCCAGGCUGCAGCAGAAGUGAUGAUUAAGAAGUCGUUUUUACCUGCAGACUUUUUGACUCGUCUUUAUUACAAAGUCUGGGAGAAUAAAAAUCUUCCCGUUGUGCUCGUUAAGCUGUUCGUCAUCACUUUGCUUUUUUUACAGCUCGCUGUUUCCAGGUGAGAUGAGUCUGUAGGGUGGAACAGAAGAUGCAUUGUUUGUUUUUUUCCUUUCCAAGUAGAUGCUAUUUUUAAAAAUCGGUCGUUUCCCUUUUUUCUUACCUACCUAUUGAAUGUAUGUAUUUUUCUGUG